AUGACCUUCUUGCAAGCUUUGUCUUGUCUGUGUGGGUCUGUAAUUGUUGUUGUGGUUGCCACAAAAUUUAUUCUUUCUUACUUUUCUCAUUCUUUCUUCUAUAUAUUUGUCUCUCUGUUUCCUCUCCCCUAUCUUUGUUUCCUUUCUUACUAUUUUUCUAUUACUGUCUGUCUUUUUUUGCCUCUUUUAUCUGUGUCUUUCCCCUUCUCUCUCUCUAUUUCUUUUCUCUUUCUUUGCUAUCUCUUUGUCUCUAUUUCUUCCCCCUCUCUUAGUUCUUUCACUUUUUUCUAUCUAUAUUUUUUUUACUUCUCUUUCUUCUCUUCUUUUUAUCCAACCUUUAUUUCUUCCUUCCUCUCUGUUUUUUAUUCCCUUGGCUGUUUCUCUUUAUUUAUUUUUCUUUCUUUCCCUUUGUUUUCUUUGUUUCUUUUUCCCCCACCAUUUUUGAACUGUCAUUUGUGCUUUCCAGUUUCAUUUCUCUUUGUUCCAGUUAUUGUCACUCAGAGACAAAGCCAAUCCAAGAAAACUGAAAAGUGUCUGCAGAUUGCUACAGAUUCCUUUGUCAUUCUGAGGAUAUUGGCAUGUCUGCAUUUUGGCAGCGACCUCUCUACUUUGUUGUACCUAAAUCCAUUCAGAGGCCAGCUGGGUCACAGUUCACUCUUCAGCUGUCAAGCCUUUCUUUCUCUGCUUGAUACAGUUGCAUUUUAG